AACUGAACGGACUGCGGAGAAGCUCUGCACACAGAGCUCACUGCUGUAAUUAAAUCUCCCACCGUGACAGAUCUGUUCCUCUCUGCGACGGAAGACUUGAUUCAGAGUCCGUAAAAGACGGAAAUGGACCCGGAAAAUGGAGAGAAUAUGUCGCCGUCGUCGUCACCAAGAUCGGCCACGGAUAGUCUCUUACCUCUCGCCUCCGCCGCUCAACAGCCUUACGUUUCUGAGCUCCUCUCGUUCACUCUCGAUCGCCUCCAUAAGGAACCGGAGCUUCUUCGGGUGGAUGCGGAGAGGAUUCAGAGGCAAAUGCAGGAGGUGGCGGUUGGGAAUUACCGCGCCUUCAUUGCAGCUGCUGAUUCGUUGGUUGCGAUUAAAGACGAAGUUUCUUCUAUUGAUAAGCAUCUUGAAUCUUUGAUAACCGAGAUCCCAAAGCUGACAUCAGGUUGCACAGAGUUUGUUGAAUCUGCAGAAGAUAUUUUGGAGAAGAGGAAGAUGAAUCAGACAUUGUUAGCAAAUCAUAGUACUUUGCUUGACUUGCUUGAGAUUCCGCAGCUUAUGGACACAUGUGUACGAAAUGGGAAUUAUGAUGAAGCUCUUGAUUUAGAAGCUUUUGUUUGUAAGCUCUCAACCAUGCACCCCAAAUUACCUGUUAUUCAAGCAUUAGCUGCAGAGGUUCGGCAGACAACCCAAUCUCUUCUAGCUCAGCUUCUACAGAAGCUGCGCUCUAAUAUUCAGUUACCAGAAUGUCUCCGCAUUAUUGGAUAUUUACGUCGAAUUGGGGUCUUUAGCGAGUAUGAAAUGCGAUUGCAGUUUUUGAGAUGCCGAGAGGCAUGGCUCACUGGAAUUCUUGAGGAUCUGGACCAGAGGAAUGCGUAUGAGUUUCUGAAAGGGAUGAUAAAUUGUCAUAGAAUGCAUCUCUUUGAUGUUGUUAAUCAAUAUCGAGCAAUAUUUGCUGAUGAUACAUCAGGAAGUGAAGAAAAUUACGAUGGUGGGCUUCUUUUCAGUUGGGCUAUGCAUCAGAUUACAUCACACCUUAAAACUCUUAAAGUUAUGCUCCCAAAGAUAACUGAAGGUGGAUCUCUGUCAAAUAUUCUGGAUCAGUGUAUGUAUUGUGCUAUGGGGCUUGGUUGGGUUGGGUUGGAUUUUCGAGGCUUGCUUCCGUCUCUUUUUGAAGAGGCUGUUCUUAACUUGUUCUCAAAGAAUAUGAGUACAGCAAUUGAAAAUUUUCAGUUAGUUUUGGAUUCUCAUCGCUGGGUCCCAUUGCCAGUGGUUGGCUUUCCAGCGAAUAUUGUUGGUGAAGAAAGUCAGGAGGAUGUGACACCACCAUCUCAUCUAAUGGAACAUCCACCUCUUGCAGUCUUUGUUAAUGAUAUCAGAGCUGUCAUCAGGCAACUGAUAUUUAGUUGCUUAGGGAUUCCAGCCUAGAAUCUGAAAAACUGACCAUCGUUCCAAACAGUUUUUUUUU